CAACGACAACCCGUCCCGUCAUCACCCCAGCGUGCCCUAGCUGCGUCGUCCUCUCCCGGCCAAUGUCCCUCGCAAGCGCCACACAGCCCGUUUCAUCCGCUGCACCUCUCUGCACUCUGCCACCACCACGUCUUACCACACCAAUUCCCGUGGGGCAAAUCUCGUCCGUGCACCAAAUGCAGCUAUGUUCUUCACGAGGCCCUCGCAACUGGCUGUCACGCCUGCCUGUAGAAUUCGCCUGAUUUACCCUAAGCGCAACUGGAUAGAUCAACCUUCUCACACAUUUGCGUUUGCGCAAACCCACCCAACGUGCCCUUCGUUCCUCGUGAGCCUCUAAACUGUCGUCUUUUUUUCUCAGUGCGUCGUUAGGACGCGAUUCUCUAGAGCCAGUUCGCCGAGCCCCUCACUCCAGUAGUUGGAGCGAGCCACUACACGGUCGCGCCAUACGUACCGGUAUUUCCGCGCCCACACGAGCCGCCACCAGAGCGCAUAGCCAUGCAGCACACCGCGAUGGUCGCUGCAGUCAGCCCACAGCGUUCCGCCGCAAGUGCGGCCCCUCCCCAACCGCCGCUCCGCGAUCCCGGCAAGGCCAAGGAAGCGGACUGCGAUCCACCUCCCGCGGAGCAGCACCGCGCGCACGCCCAGCAGCGCGCACAAUCGCACUACCGCGACGCCCCCCACCCGCCACACCCGGUGCCGCGCGCAUCGCAGCCGCCGUCAAUAAGCCCACUCCGCCCGCCGCGCCCGCGCCACCAUUGGCGAUCCGCGUCGGUGAGUGCGGCGGAAGGGAUCGCCGCAGGGGCGGAAGGAGCCGACCCCAGCGACCACGACGCCAUGCGCGCGGACGACGGCGACGGCGUCGCCGUCACGUGCUUCGGCGCCCCCGGCGCCCGCGGACUCCCGUGGCUCGGCGGAAAGGCGCCCGCCGCGGCGCUGGCGCCGUCUUCCUCGUCGCGAUGGCGGCGGCUGCAGGAGCAAUGGCGGAACGGGGAGGGGCAGGGGGAGGGGCAGGGGGAGGGGGAGACCGGGGAGGCGGAGGAUGAUGAUGAGGGUUCGGAGGCGGGGCGGGAGCAUGCCCCAGCGAGCGCUGCGAGCAGCAGGGGUGGCGUGGGUGCGGGCAGAGACGUGAGUGGCGCGGAGGUUGGCGGCGCUGAUGGGGGGGGAGGAGCGGCCCCUGGGAAGAGGGCCGGGCUGAGGGGCAGAGCCGGACCAUGGGGCUUCCGCUCCUUGUCAGCAGCGGCCGCCACCACGCCAUCCACUUCCGAACCUGAUUCAGACGACGCUGAUUCCGACGCCGGGGCUGUGGCGGAGGAGGGGGGGUUGGGGAAGAGGCGCAGUGCGGUGAUGGCGAUGGUGCGAUCCCUGUCCUCCUCCCGCUCGCGCCUACCUUCCGAUUCCGCUGCGCCGCCCCCUCCCUCCUCGCCCCCAUCCUCCUCCGCGUCGUCCAGCGUAUCUCGGGAUGCCCCGCGCCUGCCGUAUCUCUUCUCUCUCGUCAAGCGCCCCUCCUUCGGCCGUGCCACCACAGGCUAUGCUGCUGCCAGCAGCGACAGCAGCAGCGGGGAAGGCGGUAGCAGUGGCAGCGGGGAUGUGGGUGCUGCUGGGUUGCAUGGGGGUCAGCAGAGCACGGCAAGCAGUGCAGGGGGGGGCGAGGGGGAGGAGGCGGUCGCACCUGGUAGCACACACGAAACUCUCCCACAGCCUCACGGCAGCCGCACCACUGCCGCCAUUGCCGCCACUGCCGCUGAAGAGCGUUGCGAGGGGAAGUCGUUUAGUGGGGAGGUGACGCGCCCAGCAGCCUUGCUGCGCAUGCCCAAAUCGAGCUCCGUCUCCGCCGCUAUGCCCCCCCCGCAUGCCGCCACACACACGCCAGCAGCACAGGCGGACGCUGAUUCAGGGGGGCCAGGUGGAGCGCACCGGAGCGGGGGGCUGGGGGAGCAUGGGCGGGGUAGUGUAAGUGGCGAAUGGUCCCACGGGCAGGCGAGGGGGCACCGCCACAGCAAGUCCCUCCACCAUGUGCCCACCCCCCUGCCCCUGCUGCACGCGCACGCACUGCAGGGCGGGGAGGCAGGUGCAGGGGAGCAUGGGGCACCAGCAACGGGCAGCGAGGAUGCAGGCAGGCAUAGGACGGCGGGGGACAGGGCGGUGGUGGCAUGGGAAUGGGGCGCACCGGAUGCAGUGCGCUGGCUGGACCACCACUCGCGCCCGCCGUCAGCUGCCAGCCAAGACCUCCUCCCCACUCAAAUCACCCGCGCCUCAACCACCUCCCCCGCACCUGGCGCCCCAGCCGUCAAUCCCGAGCCUGUGCCCCGAACCAGCUCCGCGCCUGGAGCAGAAGUGCGGCCCAAACCAGUCAAGCUGCCUGCUUCUGGGCUAGGCUCGGCGGCAAGAGGCGGUCGAGCGCCCCUGGGUGGCGCAGCAAGGAUGUUCCGCAGCGCCAGUGAGGGGGGCGCGGGGCGCAGGCCGGCAGUGGGGGGGGAGGUGGCAGAGGGCGCUGCUGCAGCGGCGCCAGCGAGGCUGUCGCACCUGGGGUCGUUCCGCCAGGGGCUCCGGUGGGGAGGGAGCGAGGCCGGGGGGAAGGCGCCAGGUGGGGCGGACAGAGAAGCAGUGGGUGGUGCUGUGGUGGGUAGUUCGGCAGGGGGGGCAGAUAGGGAUAAAGGAGGAGACGGGAGAGCGAGUGGAGGUGGUGUGAGGGUUGUUUGUCUCACAGGGGACUUGGAUUCUGCUACUGCUCCGUCUCCUGCCACUGCCACUGCCACUGCCACUGCCACUGCCACAGCCACUGCCACGGCCACUGCCACUGCAUCUGCAUUGCGUGCUGGUGCUGCUGUGGCAUCAGCAGGGUCAGUUGCGCAUGGUGGAGAAAGAGGAGCAUCCGCAUCCGCAUCAUCGGCAGCCACAGUUGCAGCGCUGACAUUGGCGGGCGGGAAGGCCAUAGUGCGAGGGUCCAUCAUAUCGCCCAUGAGGCCCCACACCACUGCCACCACCGCACCUGCUGCUGCUGCUGCUGCUGCUGCUGUGGGCUGUGUGAGCAAGGGACGUGAGCCGGAGUGUGCGUCCCCUGCAGCGUCGCCAGGCCAUGCAGCGCCCGACACGCCAAGCUCCGCCUCUCUGCUCUCGCCCGCCUCCUUUGUCGACAGCCCCGGCCCCGCGGCCACCCACCCGGCUGCCGCGUCGGUGCUGUCCCCACAAGCCCCCGCGCACGUGGUCUUCGUACCCCGCCUGCUGCCGCCCAACGCCAAAGCUCCUGCUCUGCGUGGUGGGGGGCAGGAGGACGCAGGUAUGGUGAGGGGUGUGGGUGCUGCUGCUGUGGAUGGUGGUGGCGGCAGAGGGAGCAGCGACGCGCAGAGGCGUUCUGAGGAGCAGCAGCUGGCACGAGGCGAGGAUGAGGUGGCGGACGGAGGGCGUGCACUGCUGGGAGGGAGAGAGCAGGUGGCGCGAGGAGAGCAGCAGGACACGAUGGGGAGUAGGGGGUGGGGGAGUCACGCUGUGGCUGAAGGGGGGGAGGGGGCAGGCAGCAAGGUGAAGCUGGGCGUUGAAGCGGGGCGAGCAGUGGGUGGUGGUGGGGGCAGGGUGGGGCGGCACCGGCGCGUGGAGUCAGACCCGUGUGUGGGCGCUGUGCUGCAACGCAGGGCUGCAGGCAGGUGGGGCCACGGGACCAGUGGGGCUGGCGAGCAGGGCAGAGGGGGCACAGGGGGCAGCGAGGGCAGAGGGGGCAGAGAGUGCAGUGCAGGGGAGGGCCCGGUGAAGGCGAUGGUGCUGGGCGGGAUUGCGGUGUGGCCUGUGGAUGCAGCACGGGCAGGUGGAGGAAAGGUGGGGGCAGCGCGCAGUGGGGAGGAUGAAACGAGGCUGUUGCAGUCGGCAGGAAAUGAGAGGCGUGGGCUGGACGACUUGCAAGGAGGCCGGGGAGAGCAGUCGAGGAGCGAGUGGGAUGUGGAGCGCGGGGAUGGUGUUGAUGCAUGGGUGGGACAUGAGGUGUGGGGGGAUGUGGUUCAGGAAGGGAUGGAGGAGGAGGACGACGACAACGAGGAGGACGACGACAACGAGGAGGACGACGACGACGACGAGGAGGAGGAGGAAGAGGAGGAGGAGCAGAAUGAGGAGGGAGGAGAUGAAGGAAUGAGUGGCAGGGUGAAUGGAGAGAGUGAGGAGGAGGCGCAGGAAGGGGGUGCGGAGGGUGAGGGCAUGGCAGUGCGACGCAGCGGAACAGCAGCAGGGCGAGUCUCCGAUGACACUGAUGAUGACGACCGCAUCCAUGUGAGCAAGCAACAGCAGCAGCAGCAGGAGGAGGAGGAAGUGGAGGAGGAGGAUGACAAGGAGGAACAGGAGGAAGAGGAGGAGGAUGGGGGGGAGGUGGGGGAGGAGGAGGAAGAGGAGGAGCAGCAGGGAGAAGAGGUGCUAAGGCACGCAUGGCAGGAGGGAGAGGAGUGCGACGUGUAUUCUGAGCUGCGUGUCAUAUCGUAACAAGGGAAGGGGACUGUAAGGAAUUU